AUGAUACGUAAAAAUCAAAUUAAAAUACGUCUUAAUAAAGAAUAUGCCGAGUAUAUAAAAAAAUAUAAUAGGUAUCCUUAUGAUGCUGAAUUUGAAAUUAGUAUGUAUCAGGAAUAUACCAUUCCAUAUGAUUGGAUAAUUCGUAAAAAGAGUCAAUUGCGGUCUAGAUUCCAAAAGCGACUUUUAGAAAUAGAAGCAUAA